AUGUUAAAAUCAACUUGUAAAUCGAUUAGUAAUAGUGUUGUUAAAAGUUAUAGUAGUAGUUUGUUUAGAUAUACAUUUUGUCAAUAUAAUAAUGAUAGAUUUUACAGUAGUGGAAAUAAAAAGAGUGAAUCUAUAUUUACAAGAUUACCAGAUGAUCAUCAGAUGAAAGUAAAGAAACAACAACAGCUGUUGAAACAGCAGGAGGAGAUAGAACAGCAACACAGGAUACUAGAGAGUGGAAACGCACCAAAAGAUAUAUUCGAAGAGAAACAUCUAGAUUUCUUUAAGAAUGUAUUAAAGAAGAGAAAACCUGUGAAACCAUCGGCAUUCGAUAAUCACGAUGAAGAGAAUCAUCUAUAUCAACAAAAACAUAAUAGCAAUAAUCAAAGACAUCAACAACGUCAACACCAAUCAAAUUUAGAUUAUAAUAUGGAUGAUGAUUUCGAUGAAGAACAUGAAUCAAAUCAGGCAGAAGAUGAUCAGAUUUAUAAUAAAUUGAAUUUGGAUAGACCGGAAAAUCCAGAGGAAUUGUUGCGAUCGAUAUUGAGUAGAGUCGUUGUGAGUGAGGAGUUUAUCGAUUUGCCAGAGGAGCGUGACGAUAUCAAUGCUAUUCGUGACGUGUUACUCUCGAAAGAUGUCAUUCAACAGGUGAACAAAGAUAACGAGAAGAAAUUCAGUGAGGCAAGAGCACUCUAUGUCUCUGGAUUCCACAAACGUGCAUUCGAUAUGUUCACCAAUGAAGUGGAUCAGCGUCACGGAAUGGCCAAUGUCUUCCUGGGAAAUAUGUAUUUCAACGGUGUCGGAGUGGAGCAAGAUAUGUCGGCUGCCUAUCGCCAUUUUGUUGUGGCGUCGGUCGCGCGUAUCCCAGUGGCGUUUGGAAUGCUCGGUGAGAUGAAUCUCAAGGGCAUGGGAGUGUCGAUGGUCAACGAACGAUUGGCACGUACCUACUUUGACAUUGCCGCUUCGAUGAACCUAAAGUCGUCGAUGGAGCAAGUCGUCUAUAUGAUUAUCAACGGUGUCGGUGGAGAGUUCAACCUGAAAAAGGCAUCGUUCUACUUGAAGUUGUUGGCGGAGAAAGGUGACGUGCAGGCUGUCGUCACUCUCGGUGGACUACUGUAUGAACACGAAAAGAAGGUCGCUUUGGCGUUGUGGAACUAUGCCGCACAGAUGGGAUCGGCCGAUGCCAUGUACUAUCUCGGCAGACAUUACUACUCACGUGACAAUCCAGACUAUAACCAUGCAUUUGUACUGUGGAUGCGUGCUGCCGAGCUUGGAAAUGUUAAUUCACAGUUUUGUCUCGGUGGAAUGUACGAUAUCGGAUUGAUCUGCGAGCGAAACACCCAAACUGCUAUGGAACUCUACGAAGUCGCAGCGAAUGCUGGACACGUCGACGCGCAAUUCCUCCUUGGAAAAUACUAUUACUACGGUGUUGGCAUUGAAGCUGACCGUGAAACUGGAAUUAAAUAUCUCCAGAUGGCUGCUAAACAAGGUGAUCUCUCAGCAAUUGAACUUAUUCAAGAGAUUAGUAAAAAAGUAGAAGAAUAA